UCGCCGCCCGCCGCGUCGGUCGGACCUGUACUAUGCUGAUCCUCGUGCUGUGUCUCGCGGCCGCCGCCGCCGGCUAUGUUGAUAAACAGUCGCCCCCGCAAUGGAGCCCCGUGUACUCGGUGAAGGGCGCGAUCAUGAUCCCUUACGCUGAGCUGGUCGAGCCGUUCUCCGCCUGGUUUGACAGCAAGAAUGGCAAGUCUCGCAUAGAUUACUACGGACAGAUGGUCAAGACUUACCAGAUGACCGCGGCCGUCUACCCGAAAUACGGCACCAUGAUCAAGAUCGCCCCAGUGACCACAGAGAGUGUCCUUAACAAGGAGACGUGUCUGCAAGUGAACGGGUCGGACGGACAGUCUGUCUCCAUACAAAACGUGCUCCCGGACAUGACAGAUUUCAAGUACAUCGGUACUGAAAACAUGCGCGACACGGAAGCCUCGAAAUGGCGGAUGACGACAACUAUAGGUGACAAGAUCAACAAAUACACCAUGUGGGUCAAAUACAAGAAGGAUCUCAGAGGGGACGCGCUACCCAUACCUAUAAGAUACGAGAUGAAAGGCUUCAACUCGUUACUGGGCUCUCACUACGAUCACUACUACAUCGAGUACAUGGAUUACGAUGUCGAGGACAUUGACCCCGACGUCUUCAAAGUAGAUCCCGGCAUGGAGUGCACUUCGUUCCCCGGCCCUGGCAUCCGUCACAUGGCCACCUUCAACCCCAUGAAGGAGUUUGUCCACCCCGUACACGAGGGCCAUGUCCACGAUGAGUUCAACAGAUUCAAAAACAAACACGGCAAGACCUACCACAGCGCGACCGAACACGAGAAGCGACUUAACAUCUUCCGUCAGAACCUGCGCUUCGUGCAUUCCAACAACCGAGCGAGACGAGGGUUCACUAUGGCGGUCAACCAUCUCGCUGACAGGACUGAUGAUGAGCUGGCUGCUUUGAGGGGCAGGAAAUACAGCGGUCCUAACCCAGGUCUGCCGUUCCCGUACCAACAGGAAGACAUCGAGGAGGAAAGCGACAAACUGCCUUCCGAACACGACUGGCGACUCUUUGGCGCCGUCACACCUGUUAAAGACCAAUCAGUGUGCGGUUCUUGCUGGUCGUUCGGUACCGUGGGCACCGUGGAGGGCGCUCUGUUCCUCAAGAAUGGAAACCAUCUCGUCCGCCUGAGUCAGCAGGCGCUGGUCGACUGCUCAUGGGGUUUCGGCAACAACGGCUGCGACGGCGGCGAGGAUUACCGAGCGUACCAGUGGAUCAUGAAACAUGGUUUACCUACAGAGGAGGACUAUGGCGGCUACUUGGGACAGGACGGGUACUGCCACAUCGACAAUGUGACUCUGGUGACCUCCAUCAAGGGCUGGGUCAACGUCACCACCAACGACGAGAAGGCUCUCAGGCUGGCGAUCUUCAAGCACGGGCCCAUCUCGGUGGCCAUUGACGCUUCGCACAAGACGUUCAGCUUCUACUCGCACGGCGUCUACUUCGAGCCCCAAUGCAAAAACAAAGUGGAAGAGCUGGACCACGCGGUGCUAGCGGUCGGGUACGGCAUCCUCAACGGGCAGAAGUACUGGCUGAUCAAGAACUCGUGGUCCAACAUGUGGGGCAACGACGGAUACGUGCUAAUGUCGGCCAAGGACAACAACUGCGGCGUCAUGAGCGCGCCCACAUACGUACUCAUGUAGACAGACAGACAGACAGAUUAAUAUGUACUCGUGCAAAAAAAGCUACAGACAGACAGACAAAUAUCUGAACAGUAGCGGCUCAGCGAACAUAUUUCGGAUAAAAUCGGAAAAUCACCAAAUAAGAAGACAAAAAAGCUAUUGUAAGCUAUAUUAGAAAUAUCGUCACUACUUUUAAAAAAUCUCGUAUCUCACGCUGUUCCUCAAAGUUAAAACGCAGUAAGUCUAUAUGCAUUCCAUACAUACUUACUACAAUUUUCUUUUCGCUGACAGACGAAGAUACAAGUUUUUUUUAAAGUAGUGACGAUAUGUAUAUGUACAAUCAUGAACGUGAUAUAAUAGCUUUUCAGUCGAGUACCAUGUUUAGGCCACGAAGCUUGCUGAGUGGCCUAAUAGUACGGUACGAGAGUGAAAAGCUUAAUUAUAUCACUAUUGUACACAAUACUUUUUAUAUGAGCUUAUUAUCUUCAUUAUGAAUGAAUAAACAAUAUCAUCAUUCAAAAUUAAUUUUAUUAGCGUCAUUCACAUUUGUAUCAAAAUCGAAUUUCGACAUGUUUUUCGACAAUUACAUGUGAUCAAGGUAAUCUUAUUUUACUGGCCUAGGUGUCUACACUACGACACUUACUGUUUAGUGAUAAUUUGAUUUAAUAAUACUUAAUUACUUAGGUAUUAGUUAUGUCGAAAUGAAAAGGUUAUAGAGCAAUCCAUGUCAAGUAAUAUGUAAGUUUAUACUAGUUUAAGAGUUUGAGAUUGUAUCGUUACAAAAGAUUAGUACUAAAUAAAGACAAAGUUGCCUUA